AUCUCACUUAUCCACUUGUAAUUAGAAUUUCUAGUCACUACUACUCCACAAAACAAAUUAUAAUUUUUUUUUAGUGCAUUUUCAACAAGAAGAUGCUAAACUAAACAGUGAGUGCAGUAAAAAGGAGAGACACAGGACAAGAAGCAGCAGAGGAAGAAGACAAUGUCACCACCGACAACCUUUUUCUUUUUCAACAAACAGUUUACACCUGUCAUACCCUUCUCCUCAUAGUUUCAUUCAACAUUAUUAUUAUACACAUGUUUCAUAGUACUACAAAGCAACAACAUGUGUAACAGAUAAACCAAACCAAACCAAGAACCUUGUAUUGUAUUGUCAUUUUGAUUCAAAGAAAGAAAAGUUCCUUUCUUUCUUUGUGGGUUUCUUUUAUUUCUUUUUGGGUUUUUUUUAUCCAAAAAAAAAGACAAUGAGAGCCAUCAAAAUUGUUUUGGUUUUGAUUUGGUUCAUUCCAACAAUGUUUUGUACCAAUGUGGAUUAUGAUCAUAGAGCAUUGGUCAUUGAUGGCAAACGUAAAGUCUUGAUUUCUGGUUCUAUUCAUUACCCUCGUAGUACUCCACAGAUGUGGCCAGAGCUUAUUCAGAAAUCCAAAGAUGGAGGACUUGAUGUGAUUGAAACCUAUGUUUUUUGGAAUUUACAUGAACCAGUUAAAGGCCAGUAUGAUUUUGAUGGGAGGAAGGAUUUGGUGAAAUUUGUGAAGACAGUAGCUGAGGCUGGUCUAUAUGUGCAUCUCCGGAUCGGUCCAUACGCGUGUGCUGAAUGGAACUACGGUGGUUUCCCUCUUUGGCUUCACUUCAUUCCAGGGAUUAAGUUCCGAACCGAUAAUGAACCAUUCAAGGCAGAAAUGAAGACAUUCACCGCUAAGAUUGUGGAUCUCAUGAAGCAAGAGAAAUUAUAUGCAUCACAGGGAGGACCUAUUAUUUUAUCUCAGAUUGAAAAUGAGUAUGGAAACAUUGAUUCACACUAUGGUGCUGCUGGUAAAUCUUACAUCAAUUGGGCAGCAAAAAUGGCUACAUCUCUUGAUACAGGUGUUCCUUGGGUCAUGUGUCAGCAAGCAGAUGCUCCUGAUCCAAUUAUUAAUACAUGCAAUGGAUUUUACUGCGAUCAAUUCACACCAAACUCUAAUACAAAGCCGAAAAUGUGGACAGAGAAUUGGAGUGGAUGGUUUCUUUCAUUUGGUGGUGCUGUUCCUUCCAGACCUGUGGAAGAUCUUGCAUUUGCUGUCGCGCGCUUUUUCCAACGAGGUGGAACAUUUCAAAAUUACUAUAUGUACCAUGGAGGGACCAACUUUGAUCGAACUACCGGGGGACCUUUCAUUGCUACAAGUUAUGAUUAUGAUGCUCCAAUUGAUGAGUAUGGCAUUAUAAGGCAGCCAAAGUGGGGCCACCUUAAAGAUGUGCAUAAGGCCAUAAAGCUUUGCGAAGAAGCAUUAAUAGCUACGGAUCCCAAGAUUACAUCUCUUGGUCCAAACCUAGAGGCUGCAGUUUAUAAGACAGGAUCUGUAUGUGCUGCCUUCCUCGCCAACGUGGACACCAAAUCUGAUAAAACUGUAAAUUUCAGUGGCAAUUCAUAUCACUUGCCUGCAUGGUCUGUGAGCAUCUUACCAGAUUGCAAGAAUGUAGUGCUUAAUACUGCAAAGAUUAAUUCUGCAUCUGCGAUUUCAAGCUUUGUAACUGAACCUUUGAAAGAAGAUACUGGUUCUUUAGAAGCUUCUAGUUCAAAAUGGAGUUGGAUAAGUGAACCUGUCGGUAUUUCGAAGGUCGGUUCAUUUUCAAAAACUGGAUUACUUGAGCAAAUAAAUACCACAGCUGAUAGAAGUGACUACUUGUGGUACUCAUUAAGCAUUGAUCUUAAAGAUGAUCCUAGUUCGCAAACUGUCCUUCACAUUGAAUCGCUUGGCCAUGCCCUUCAUGCUUUCAUAAACGGCAAGCUUGCAGGGAGCCAAGCAGGAAACAGUGGCAAAGCUAAGCUUAAUGUGGACAUCCCAAUCGCACUAGUUUCUGGAAAGAACAAAAUUGAUCUGCUUAGUUUAACAGUGGGACUUCAGAACUAUGGAGCUUUUUUUGACACAGUAGGAGCGGGGAUCACUGGUCCUGUGAUAUUGAAAGGUUUGAAGAAUGGCAACACUCUUGAUCUCUCGUCUCAGAAAUGGACAUAUCAGGUUGGCCUAAAAGGUGAAGAGUUAAGUCUGUCUAGUGGAAGUUCUGGACAGUGGAAUUCACCGUCAUCCUCUCCUAAGAACCAACCAUUGACUUGGUACAAGUCAAACUUUGAUGCUCCAUCCGGAAGUAAUCCAGUUGCAAUUGACUUCACGGGGAUGGGAAAAGGCGAGGCUUGGGUAAACGGACAAAGCAUUGGGCGAUACUGGCCUACAUAUAUUGCUUCAAAUGCUGGUUGCACAGAUUCAUGCAACUAUAGAGGACCAUAUACUGCGUCCAAAUGUCGCAAGAAUUGUGGAAAACCAUCACAGACAUUAUACCAUGUACCGCGAUCGUUUUUGAAACCAAGCGGCAAUAUUCUUGUAUUGUUUGAGGAAAAUGGUGGCGAUCCAACACAAAUAUCUUUUGCUACAAAACAGCUAGGAAGUUUGUGUCAACAUAUAUCUGAAUCUCACCCGCCUCAAAUAGACUUGUGGAACUCGGAUACAGAAUCGGGUAGACAAAUAGGGCCUGAACUAUUGCUCGAGUGUCCUAAUCAAAAUCACGUAAUCACUUCCAUCAAAUUUGCAAGCUACGGAACACCACUCGGGACUUGCGGAAACUUCUACCACGGACGCUGCAGCAGCAAUAAGUCACUGUCAAUUGUAAAGAAGGCUUGCAUUGGAUCAAGAAGUUGUAGCGUUGGAGUAUCAACUGAUACAUUUGGAGACCCUUGUAAAGGAGUGACAAAGAGUUUAGCUGUUGAAGCUACUUGUGCAUAAGAAAAUAUAUUGUGAGCUUUUAGACAAAUUGAACCUUGCACUAUUGAGGAAUAUAUUGUGCAAGUUUUGGAAUUGAACCUUUAGACAAAUAUAUUGCGAGGUUUUAGACAAAUUGAACCUUGCACUAUUGAGGAAUAUAAGUGCAAGUUUUGGAAUUUCAAAAAGAAAAUACUUACAGCACAUUGUGGUAGGUUUAAGAAACUUUAUGAGAUUUAAGAAAUUUAUUUAUAGCUUAGCACACUAAGAUUUAAGAAAAUCACGGUCAUGACGUCUGACUUAGCAAUUUCAACAUUUCUGUCGGUUAAACUAGGAUUUGUGGACCACAAGCACUCGAUUUUAAACAUAAAGAAAAUCACUUGCAAGAUGAUAAUAAAGUUAGCCAAACUCAUUAUCAUUCUCUUCAUUCUA